AAUAACGAUGCAUCAGAUACUUACACAGCUGCUGGUUCUAUCUCGAUGCAGGCCUCUUCGUCCUUUCUCUGACAGUUCUGUGGGCGCCGUGUUUGAUCACCUGGAAUCCUGGAACGGUCAAGCUCUGAUGAACCAGUGGACACUCAGAGUUCUGGGAGCGCAACACACCUAUUCGGGUCGCAUUGGGAACAUCAUGGUUGGCCUGAUGGAUUGUCAUAAGUACGCCUUGGGCAACCCAUGGGUGGAGAACGAAUAGAUGCACCAAUUCCCAUGACUCUGCAUAACUUAUGCAGUUACAAAGACUAUUUUACAGUUCUGAACGCAGUAUGGGUCUAACUGCAGAUUCGCACAAAACCAAG